UUCACCAAUUCUAACAAUGGCUCGUACCAAGCAAACCGCCCGCAAAUCUACCGGAGGAAAGGCUCCCAGGAAGCAGUUGGCCACCAAAGCCGCCCGUAAGAGCGCACCCGCCACCGGAGGAGUGAAAAAGCCACAUCGUUACCGUCCGGGUACAGUGGCUCUUCGUGAAAUCCGUCGUUACCAAAAGAGCACGGAAUUGUUGAUCCGCAAAUUGCCGUUCCAACGUCUGGUGCGUGAAAUCGCACAGGACUUCAAGACCGACUUGCGUUUCCAGAGCUCCGCCGUCAUGGCAUUGCAGGAAGCCAGCGAAGCCUAUUUGGUCGGUUUGUUCGAAGACACCAACUUGUGCGCCAUCCACGCCAAACGUGUCACGAUCAUGCCAAAGGACAUCCAACUGGCUCGUCGUAUCCGCGGUGAACGCGCUUAAUCGUCUUUUGAUGCUCAUAUACCACUUUAAAA